AUGGAGGUGGACGAGGCUGUUCCGAAGGAUUCGGAAAUGAAAUCGGAGGAGGAAGUAGAACUCGUGACGGAGGAAGAAUUGGCGAUGGAAAUCGCAAUUCGAGAAGAGUUCAUUCAGAACUUGGCGAACAAGGCGAUGAUCUCGCAGGAUCACAUUCAAGAGCUGUACAAGAAAUAUGUCAAGCGACCGAGAAAAUACAAAGAUUAUGAAGUUUCAAAGUCGGCAGCGACUCACCUGGCCCUGGCGGCCAAGCAUUUCGUCGCACAUGUUCUCCAAAUGGGCCUCCAGCACCAUUUGUCGAAGAAGCCGAACGAGUUCACAGUCGAUUACGACGACAUGGCAGACGCAGUCGCUUCCGAUCCAAGAAUGAAAAAGCUCCAAGGAAUGCUCCCGCGUAGAAUAACGGCAGCAGAGGCGUUGAAGUUACGAGCGAUGAAGCUGAAGCAUACGCAAAAAGCAGCAAAUAGAGAUAUGGCCGAGAUACUUGCGUUUGAGCAACCACAGCUUGCGCCAGCGCUUGCCAAAUCCAAGGCAUUUGCCGACAUCGAAUCGCUCAAAGAAAAGAUGCGUCAACGAACUCAAGCGUCUGUUGAUGAGCCAGAAUCAUUGGAGAUCAAGCCCGCCGUAAAUUCGCGAAAACCAGAGCCUAUGGAUACAGAAACAAACCGACCAUCUGUCCAGAAACAAAUGAGCAUCGAGACAAAUGAAAGUGAAAAUAAAGAAGAGACGUUGUCCGACAAGCAAAAGACUGCAAAGGGUCUGGUGGAGAUGCUAUGCGAUCCGUCGCGGACAAACGUUCAGCUGAGCUUUGAAAACGGCCGGAAAGCGACCCUCGAGCUCGCUAGAAAUCAAGAAGUUCCAUCGCAGGGCGAUAUUGUUCGCCCCCCGUUCAAAGAAUACUCACUCAACUCGCCAAAAGCCCCAGAGCUCGCCAAAAAGAGCAUGAACCUUGCCGAGAGCCAAGAACGAGCAAUAACACAAGCAGAAACACAAAAAUAG